AUGGCUUUACCGGCUCAUUUACAGAACUCCUUGAUGCCCUCAGAGGUUAGUUUUCUUGCUGAGAAUGAAUAUAUUACAAUUUUGCCGAGAUAUUCAAUGAAAAAACUAGAGUUGAUAGGAGUAUGUAUAUAAUCAAGAAGGGUUAAUUGUGAUGAAAAUAUACUAACAAAAAUAUAAAGACCAAAGUACCGACAUUGAGAGGUAUGAGAAGAGAAAAAAUUCCAAUUUGGAUAGCUGUGAUCUUGAAAUCUCAAGAUAAAUGUAAUAUCGUUCCUCCAGAGUGGUUAAACUUAAUAUACUUGAAAGAAAAAUACGAAGAGGAAUUGAAGCAACCACAUAAGUUCAGUGUAUUACCCUGGAACUGGCUUGAAAUUUCGAAAAUUUUACUUAAUAAGGCAGCAGAUGAUUUAUCUGAUCCUACUCAUCAAUUAAGAUCCAUAAUACAAGACUUGAGAGAAAUACGACUUGUUAAGUCUCGAAAAGGUCUAAAGGAGUUGAACGAAUCGAAUAUCCAAUUGGAUGGGCUUUCGUUAUUGGAGAUUAACGAAUUGAGACCGUUUGUCUUAACUGUCAUGAACAAAUUGAGGCAACUCCACGAAUCCGUGAACACCAAAACAGAUAGAGAAACUGGAAACGAUCAGGAUGAUGAUAUGUACAACGAUGUAUCUGAUAAUGAAUGA